UGCUGCAAGGAUUUUCGUCUUAUUGUUCUUCGGUAUCGGUUUGCAGAUUUUGCGUCGGUGCUUCGGGUCUGAGCAGCUGUCCUGCUAGAGUGUCGGAAGAGGGAGGGAGGAGGCAACCAGAGGGAGGAAGGAAACGGGGAUAACGUCACGAAGACACGGAGUAAAACGGGCAGAGCAGCGGUUAAUGGACGAUCCUUGAUGCGGGCCAGCGGAAGGAAAAACUGGGGCCAGUUCUUUUGAUUUUUUCUCCCUCUUACAUUAGAUAAAAAAUGUUUUUUCUAACCUUCCGAACGUGAGAAGGUGCGACGCCGUCAGCAGAAAGGGGUAACAAAAAAAAAGGGGGAAAAAAGCAGCAGCAGAUUUGAUCCUUUCCUAUAUCUAGUUUUUUUUCUUUUCCUUGCGCUCCACCAAAAGCGGAGAAAUGGAAAUGUGUGGAGCCCUCCUGCGUUUGCCUGUUCACUGAUCGUGAUAACACGGAACUUUUUCAAGAAGGAACGUCCCCGAACUGCAUCUUUAAUGCGUGAAAAAGACACGUAUUUCAACCCUUCACGGCAUUUCGGAGACGACGAGUGUUUUUUGAAGCCCAUCGGGAGAAUUAACAGGUUAAAGCUUGGAAAACAUCCAAAAUGAGCGAGCUGGAGCAGCUUCGUCAGGAGGCCGAGCAGCUGAGGAACCAGAUAAGGGAUGCCAGGAAAGCUUGUGGAGAUUCAACACUCACCCAGAUGGCUGCCAGUUUAGAUCCUGUUGGCCGGAUCCAGAUGCGGACAAGACGCACCCUUCGUGGACACCUGGCCAAGAUCUACGCCAUGCACUGGGCGACAGACUCAAAGCUUCUGGUUAGUGCCUCUCAGGACGGGAAACUGAUUGUGUGGGACAGCCACACCACUAACAAGAUACACGCCAUCCCUCUGCGCUCCUCCUGGGUAAUGACCUGUGCGUACGCCCCCUCUGGGAACUACGUGGCGUGCGGAGGUCUGGACAACAUCUGCUCCAUCUACUGCUUAAAAACACGUGAAGGCAACGUGAGGGUCAGCAGAGAGCUACCUGGACACACAGGUUACCUUUCCUGUUGCCGUUUUAUUGAUGACAAUCAAAUCAUCACAAGUUCAGGAGACACCACCUGCGCGCUGUGGGACAUCGAGACGAGUCAGCAGACCACGGUAUUCUCGGGCCACAGCGGUGACGUCAUGAGUCUGUCCCUGUCGCCCGACCUCCGCACCUUCGUCUCAGGAGCCUGCGACGCUUCGGCGAAACUGUGGGACAUCCGGGACAGCAUGUGCCGACAGACCUUCACGGGGCACGAGUCGGAUAUCAACGCCAGCUGUUUCUUCCCCAACGGAAGCGCCUUCGCCACAGGCUCCGACGACGCCACCUGCAGGCUGUUUGACCUGCGUGCAGAUCAGGAGCUCAGUAUCUACUGCCACGACAACAUCAUCUGUGGGAUCACCUCCGUGGCUUUCUCUCGCUCCGGCCGUCUGCUGCUGGCCGGCUACGAUGACUUCAACUGCAACAUUUGGGACGCCAUGAAGGGAGACAGAGCAGGAGUCCUGGCUGGUCAUGACAAUCGUGUCAGCUGUCUGGGUGUGACAGAUGACGGCAUGGCGGCGUGCACCGGAUCCUGGGACAGCUUCCUUAAGAUAUGGAACUGAGCCACGCACGUCAGCAGGAACCACGCGCACGCCCAGCAUCCCUGCGCGCGCACACGCACACACACACACACCCCCACACGCACACACACCCACACGCAUACCCCUAGCCCUCCUUCUUCUCCCCCCACCGAUGCUGUAUUUAAGAUUUAACAGCCAAACUGCAACAUUUUACUGUACAUAUUAUGAACAACGUAGGUCAGAGUUUACCCACACACCCCCUGAUUCCACAAGGCUUUGAAUACAAGAAAUUAAAUCUGGACACACGCCUACAUCACACAGUACUGACUAAAAUGCACAGCAGCACACAAAACCUGUUUAUAUCAAAUGUGACCAAAUACAGCUGAAACUUCAGCUGCUUGAAUGAAAAAAAAACAACAACAAAAAAACAACUCAAGAUUCACUGUUACCUGAAGCCUUUUAAACACAUCUAACAGUCCUAAUUCACACACAGUUCUCCUGAGAGACACCACUCCUCCAGAAGAGGAGCGGGAGAACAGCCCACCGGAUGAUUCUGCCUUUGUUCACGAGGAAACUCGACACGCGCUUCAUGUUCCUUUCUGUACCGUUUCCGUGUCGGCAUCAUACGACUUCAGCGACGCCGGCGUGGAGGAAGAGUCCCAUAAGUGCAUAAACGCUUCACUGACAUGCUGUUCAGGUCAUGUGGUCACAUUUUAUAGCUAUGUACAUCUCACGCUAGGUUUUAAGUUCACUUUUGCUCCCCUUUCUUGUUUUUUUUUCUUUUCUUUUUUAGACUUGUUUUAUUCAUGUUUUCCCUGUGUGCCUCAGAUACACUGAAAAUUAGAUAAUCAUCAGGUAAUUCCAAAUGAUCUUGGAGAAAAGAGGGACAAAUUACAACAUACAGAAACACAUCUAGUGUCAGAAGCCAGUUUUCAAACUUUGACUUUGUCAUCGAUUAUUUGGAAAAUACCAUGGAAUAAUUGUACAUAAUACUAAUAAAUAAUAGCCUCUCCUGA